AUGCGGGGCGACGAACGCUCCUCUCCACGUUCGUCGUGGAUUGCGGGGGAGGCGUCUCGUGAGGCAGCGGCGCGAGGGGUGGCCAUGGAGCCGCUGCCGGUGAUGCUGCGGACCCGCGACGAGGCGGUGGAGGUGACGCUGGCGCCGCGGGGCCUGCAGCGGGACCAGGAAGAACUGCAAGAGAUGCGCUCACGCUACAUGAGGGACCGCCCUCCGAGACUCCAACAGUGGAGGUUGCUGCAGGACGAGAAGGAGCUGCUGCAACCGGCAGCGCGCUCGUCGUGCGUGUCACCGUUGGCUGGCAAUGGUUGCGAAAACAAUGACCAACGCAACGUGCCGCUCACUGUCUUGCGGCCGUCACGUCGCGACAUGCCCUCACGCCUUGCAGAUGCCUCUGAAGAGUUGUACGUCACGAUGCUGCCUCGUCGAAGGGCGUUUUCUGCGCAAGGAGGAUAG